AUGGGCAGCUCACCCGCAGGAGAACGGAAGAUCAAAUGCGACGAAACCCUUCCCACAUGUUUGAACUGCAGCAAGAAGCACCGCCAAUGCCGCCAUGUCCGCCUACCUCCUCUCAAAUGGGUCUCAUCGCCCGCGCUACCAUUCACCCAACCCACUGAAGAUCCAGCUCCGUCCCGCCCCUUUCAAGGUGAUACAUCAUGGGCCCACCAAAUAGCCACUCUCUCCCCCCGCGAAAGCCUUGAAUACCCAACCGUCGUCUCGCUAUUCACACACUACACAACGCACCUCGCCCCCUGGUACGACCUCAACGACCCACAUUCUCUCUUCACAAAUGCCGUCCCCAUCCGCUCUCUCGAUGAACCCAUCCUCUUCCGCGCCAUCCUCGCCUUCGCUGCCAGCCACCUAAGCCGCAUGAUUCCUACAUCUUCCCUUGACUCCACCCCAGUAGCUGUGAUAUUGCACGACUCUUUCCUCUCCUCCCUCAUCUCCGCCCUGUCCACCAUCACCCCCUCCACCCAAGCAAAUUAUCUCGCCGCAACCUGUCUCCUCCGCUCGUAUGAGAUUUUGAACGGGGAUACCCGCAUGGCGCAGCAGCACCUCUUCGGCGCGUUUUCCCUAGCUGUGCACUUAGAUAUCGACCUCAGUACCUGGGGUCUCGCGCAGGCGGGAUUUUGGAACUACCUCUGCGAGGACAUCACCGUAGCGCUGGAGUGUCGACGGCCGUUGCACAUGAGAAUGAUGGCUGAUCGGGGGAUGCCGAGGGGCAUGACAGAGAUGGAGCAAGAUUGGGGGAACGCGAUUACGUGGGUACUCGCCGAGUUGGUGAACCUACAAUUUACAGAACAUGAAGAAGAUGGGGUUGGGGGUGGCGGGGAGAGAUGGGAGUGUUCAAGAAGGGAGCUCGAGGAGUGGAAAGUCGGGUUGCCGACGAGUUUUGAGCCAAUCUCGAGGGCAAGCAAGGAGGGCAAUGUGUUUCCGUCGCUUUGGAUGCUGAGGCCGUGGUACGUGGCUGCGAGGCAGUAUGCGGCUGUAGCGGAGAUUUUGUUGGUUUUGUCGAAGCCUGGUCAAGCGUUGGAUAGUGAGGGAAGGGAGAUGAGGGUUCAAGAGCUCGCGCUACAGGUUUGUGGACUGGCGUUUACGAAUGAGGAUGUACCAGCACGCGUGAAUGCGUUUGGGCCGCUGGCGUUUUGCGGAAGAUUCUUGAGAGAAUCCAAAUACCGCAGCGGGCUGCGUUGUCUACUCAGAAACAUGGCACGCCAGACGGGAUGGAACGUGGACUAUAUCUUAAAGGACCUAUAUGAAUGUUGGGGGGAGAGCGACCUCAAUUCAUGA